GCGGGAGGAGGCGGGGCGAAGGCAAGUGUCUGCGGCUGCUGCGAGAGGGAAGAUGCAGGCUGUAAUUACAGGCUGAAUAUAAAUUAGUGCUAAAUAGAAGAAUUCAAAGCAGUAGAUUCACAUAGGAAUAUAGGAUGCAAUUCUAUGGGCUGUGCCAUUGUGAGAUGGAAACCUUUCCAGUGUUCUGGUGACCAGAUGCCAGCAAGGCAGGAAGAGUAACAGGGAUGCUCUACUCACAAGUGCACCGUCAUAGGUGCAGAGGAGAGAGAGACUAUGGAUGACAUGAUGUUUCAAAGAGAUACUGUCCUGUCGGAUGUUCACUUACACACCCCAAGUAAAAGGCAGUUUAUGGUUAGACUGAAUGCUGUUGGCCAGCCAGUGUUUCUCUCUCAGUUCAAGCUGCUUUUGGACAAAAGCAACUGGCAUUCUGAGAAGGGAGAGAAGGAUGUUAGAAAGGAAAACUUAAAGCACCCAGAAAAAUGUGGAGAGGAAUUAAGUGUGAAGGAUAUUUCUGAAUGCGAAGAUUCUUCAAACAGCACUGGGAAGGAAGUGUGCUCCUUAAAAGGAAUUGAAGCUCUGUUGGAUGAAGAUGGGGAUUUGGAGGUUGUCCGAAAGCCUCAGUUACCUUACACAGAAGAGAAGGAUUUUUUGAGGGUCAAAGUGUGUCCCAUCAUUUUGACAAAAGGGGGAGGUAUCUUGGAAGAGCAAGAGGAAGAUGACAGCUGCUCCGAUGUUAUUAAAAUAGAGCACACCAUGGCAACUCCUUUAGAAGACGUCGGCAAGCAGAUCUGGCGCGGGGCCUUCCUACUUGCAGACUUCAUACUCUGCAACCAAGCUUUGUUCAAGAAUUGCACUGUGCUGGAACUUGGGGGAGGCACUGGGAUUGUUAGUAUCAUCGCUGCAAAAGCUGCCAGAACCAUUUAUUGUACAGAUAUUGGCAAAGAUCUUCUGGACAUGUGUGAACGAAACAUUGCCUUAAACAAGCACCUCACUAAACCAGCAGGCAGUAAAGUUAAAGUCAGAGUUCUGGACUGGAUGAAAGCUGAUUUUUGUACUGAUCCUGAAAAUCCCUACAGUUGGUCUGAAAAAGAGAUUGUGGAGCUGCAUGAUCUCUCCACUGUGAUACUUGCUGCUGAUGUGUUUUAUGAUGAUGAUCUAACAGAUGCCUUUUUCAGAACGCUGUACCGAAUCACUAGCAACUUGACUAACCCUUCCACAAUCUACUUGUCAGUAGAAAAGAGGCUCAACUUCACCCGAAGGCAUAUGGAUGUUGUGUGUGAAGCAUACAAUCACUUUCAGAGUGGCUUGAAGGACCUGCUGAAUAUCAGAGAUGACAAGAUGAGAUACACCACUCAACCCGUUCAGCUUUCCUUUCCUCAGCAUAUUGUUUAUGAGCGGGUUGAGCAGUUGGAGUUAUGGAAGAUUACUGCCGAAAGAAGGUGUUCCCCCAACCCAAAAAGGAUUGAAGUAGAACAUGAGGACAUUCAGAGUAAUUUUCCUGUAGGGUUCUGCUCAAAAUUACCCUCCGAAUGGAAUGAGGAACCAAAUUGAUCUUGGUUUGCUUCCUAGGUUCUGUCACUAACUGCACCAUGACUUUAGUGUUUAAAAAGUUGAAUUUGCUUUUGUGUCAGCCAAAUUUGAACCCUUCAACACUCUUCACGUGGUAAGGAUGACAUUUUUUUUUUUUUUUGGUCAAAAACACUCUUUUAAUUUGUGGGGAGCAAUAGCCUGCAUGUUGUCUACUCCCGAAGUAAUAAUGAAUACAAAUAAUAAGCAGCCAGGGCAAGGCAAAUUAAGGAAGAAGGGAACACUACACAGAGAGCCAAGGACAGUGUUGUGCAGUGGUUCACAGGUGCAAGAGACCCAUGGGGAUUAGCCAGUGUUACUCUUGCUUAGCGUAAACCCAUUGAAAUGAAUUAAACUUAACUGUGAGUAUCUUAAUCCUCCUUCAUUUCAGCAGAGUGACCUUUAGAGGCUGCACUGUAUCUUCCACCAGGAAUACUCCUGGCCCAGGGAGAAGAGCACGCUUCCUGGGUCCAGGUCUGGGCAGCAUCCAGAGCCUGUGUGUGCUCUCCAUUUUGACCAAAGGCUGACACUAUGCAGUAUGAGUAGCCUGCAAGAGAACGAUCAAUCGGGGCAGUUUCUGCUUCUGACAUUUCCGGAAACCAUUGGUUAACCAACAGAAGCAAGCCAACUCUGAACUCAACACGCUAUCAGGCAUUUUUAUAUGGGUUUUUAAGUUGCUUUUUAAGUGGGUCUCUCAGGGGGACAUGUCCAGAUCAUUGAUUUUUGUGAAAUGCAGGGAUUGUUGAAUUUCCAACACACGCGGCACAGUAUUUUGUUCCUUGGGGGCCGUGGGGAGUGUUUAGGAGAGCAUAAGCAGUUUACCACUAGAUGUCACUACAGCUUGACUGAAGACAGCAUCUGGAGCUGCCCAGAGACGCUGGCCACUGCUCAUGGCACCCCCAGCCACCCUUUGCUGCUUUACGAAUGACCUAGGAGGGUUAAGAGUUGUAUUUCAGUGCACCGGAACAGACCGGAUUACAGAAACAAAAGGACAUUGGCCUUGGGUGGGUUAUGUCUGGGCAUUCUGUUGUUGCUUUUUGCAGCAUCAGAGCCCAUGAACACAAAGAACAGCAGAAUGCUGCCCAUAGAACGAGAGGGGAGAGUUGUUUCUCCUCCUCUUAGGAAGUGUCUGUGUAGUACCUCUGUGCCCUGGCAUUGCACAGAAGCAUUCUUUCAAUAAAUCAAGUGUCUUCUUUCUUUACCAUUUUUGUCACUGCAAGUACAAAAGAAUGUGAAGAAUUAACUGGUCCACUGUAAAAGAUCUCAUGUAUGGGCCCAUCCUGUGUGAGAAUUGUGAGCGUUUUUCUUUAGAAAGUUUUCCAGCUAGGCGAGAAGCUGGAAAGAGAUUUGAUUGCUUUCUGGUUUUUAAGAGCUAAAUCCAACAUUCUGAGCCUUUUCCCCUAUACCAAAGAAAGAUUAAAGAGGCUGUCUAGAGAAUUACAGCAAAACAACAAAAAUGAACAGCAGUAUUUGCACGUAUUUGAAAACAAAGGAGUAACUCAGAGGUGAAACACAGGAUUUAAGGUGAAAUACAGCAUUGAAGGUGGGUCUUCAAGCAGAAGACCCAGUUUCUGCUCAGUUCUCCAACAGCCCACCAGUCAAGUCCCAAGUCUGUUCCCAUUUGCCUUAAUUUAUAACACCUGUUCUACCCAGGGUGCUUGUGCGUGAGUGCUGCUCUGUACAUUUUGUAGAAGGCUUGACAAAGCAGAAUCUUGAAAUAGACCACGUCAGAUUGCAGGCAGGGUAUCACAGGUGUGAGUGCCUUCCACACAUGAGAAAAAGCUCCCUGUAUGUAGAGAACCGAUUCAGUCCUGGCAAGAUGAGCUGAUAUAUUGCAUUCAGAAAUAGGACUCUUCCCUAAACUGCAGUCUGAAAUGAUCCGUUCCAGAAGUCUACCAGUUUUCAGGUACGACUGAACAAUGGUGGUGGUCCGGUAGCUCGGUGUGCACGCAUCCUGACUCCUUGAUGACUCCUCAGUAAAAGCGUGAAUGGCCACCACUGAGAAGAUGUGAGGGGAUGCAGAAAUUCAACAAGCUCGUUCACGGCUUGCGAUGGGCGUCAUCCCGGCUUGCAGGCACCCGUGCCAGCCAGCCCAGGCAGUUGUGUUGACAUGGUGCCUUACUGGAGCUUCAUCCCAUGCACUUCGGCUUUGCUGUCUCUCUUCCAUGCUCCCUAAGCUCCACAUUGUCUGUGAAACCUCUGCUUCAGCUGUGGUCCUGUGCUCCUUAUCCUGCAGGGAAAUUUAGCCUGGGUGCAUUCCUCAGAAUGGAAGGCGUGCUCCUCCAGAAUGAGCCCUGCCAGCUCAUAGUGAUGGCAGUCUUGGAUUGGCAGGUUGUGGUCCCCCAUGGGAUAGGCUUUCACAGCCUGCAUGGCUUCCUAGGUCACCCUUUGUUCGUCAGUCUGCUCAGUCAGAAGGCUGCUGCUGUGUUUCCCUUCCUGCUGUGUGCUUUCUCGGGCUCUGCAGUUCGUUCUGUCUGCCUGCUUUCCCCCUCACUGUAAAAUUUGCUCUCGUACACUCUGCUGCCUAACUUGGUCCCAUAACUAACUGCAGAGGAAUGCUAUUCAUUUCUAUAAUUUUUUUCUGUGCCACCCUCAUAUGUACAGAAUGUUUUCAAGCAAUAAUUAAAAGAAUCCAAGCCACAA